UGGCACCUUAGCUAAUUAUUCUCUAGCAUUUAGGCUAACUAUGCUAACUAUAAACAAUUAGAAAUACAAGCCACGGCUGAACUAAUUAACACAAACAAAACAGAGCAAGUAAUUGCUUCAUUCUUCCUGGAACAAACUUGUUUGAAUGGAUGCAAGUCAUUAUAAUGUAUAUGGGGUCGACAGUAGUAUAGGUAGUUUAAUUGUUCCUUUGGGAGCAGAGUUUAAACUCAGAGUAUAUAUGCUCCUAUUCAAAUGGCUUUAGUUGUUAACGGUGGCCCUGCGCUACAGGCGAAUGUCCAAACAACAGAGAAACCAAGAAACUCAAGCAGGUAUGUCACAGCACACAGUCAAAUUUUCACCAAACAUAAACAAUAACAAAAUAUUUUUGUCAUAUAUAACUUUAUUUUUUUAAGUUAACUAUACUAAGGAGCACUUUUUGCCGUUUUAUUUCAAAAUUACACCAUUAGAAAAUAAUAUCUGACUUAAAUUUUCAAGUUAAACUUUUCAAGUCAUAUUAACUUGCUAUUUUACAUUUUUACUACACUUUAACUUGUGGUUAACUGAGUUGCUAUAACUCAUUAAAACAAUUUCAAAUGCUUAACCUAAUCUAAUUUAAAGUAUAGUCAAAAUGUAAAAUGGUAAGUUAAUUAGUUUAACUUUCAAUUUUUGUUAGGUAUUUACUUUUAAAUCUUCGAAAAAAUAUAUAUUGCCAUAACAAUGAGACAUAGCAUCAGUACAAACAGUGCCGAAGAUUAUGCUUGGCGGGACUUUAAAUGACGUUGAAUUUGCUGGGUUGUUGUAAAAAGAUUUUUUAUAUGUGGCCCAUUAAUAUAGUUAUUAAUGAAAAUGUUGAUUCAUUAUUUUGUCCUUAUCCUAUUAAACAGGUUGCAGCAACCAUAUUUAAAGUGCCAUGAUUGAGGAUCUUCUAGGAGCAAACAUCUCGCAUACUGAGUUUCUUUUAGUGGGAUUUCCAGAAGUCUACAAAUACAGGCGUCUACUUUUCCUGCCAUUUUUUCUAAUUUACAUUUUGGUAGUGGUGGGAAAUUCUUUACUACUUCUUGUAAUCAGAAAUACAGAGAGCCUUCACAGUCCAAUGUACAUACUAGUGUCUGCCUUGGCAGUUGUCGACAUCAUUGUUCCCACUGCCAUCAUUCCAGCAAUGCUUCUUGGCUUUCUCUUUGACUUGAAUGAGAUAUCUUUAGCCGGAUGUUUGACGCAAAUGUUUGUAACUCACUUCUUUUCCUCUGUAGAAUCCACCAUACUUUUAGCCAUGGCUUUAGAUCGCUUUGUAGCCAUUUGCAAGCCAUUACACUAUACCGAAAUCAUGAACUCGUCCAUGUUUCUGAAACUGCUUCUGUUCACAUUGAUCAGGAGUGGCACUAUAAUGUUCGCUCUGGUUGCUUUGGCUGCAUCUUUGUCUUUUUGUGAAUCGAACGUCAUCCAUCAUUGCUACUGUGACCACAUGGCUCUUGUCAGUCUGGCGUGUGAUUCAAUAGCCAAAAAUAAUGCAAUGGGACUCGCUGUGAUCAUCUGUUUUGUGGGAAUUGACAUAUCUGUGAUUUUCUUCUCCUAUGUAAAAAUCUUGCAUGUUGUGUUGGGGGCCGCCGCAGGAGAGGAUCGUUGGAAAGCCUUUCAUACCUGUGGUACACACUUAAUGGUUAUGAUGUGCUUUUACUUUGUGGGUAGCAUCACUUUUUUGUCACGAAACCUUCACAUUCCGAUUCCAAUCGAUAUAAAUACGUUUCUGGGUGUUAUGUAUAUAGUUUUCCCUGCAAGUGUCAAUCCGAUUAUUUAUGGUGCACGGACAAAAGAAAUAAGGAAUGCUUUAGUGAAAAUGUUAAAACUCAAUAUGAAUAAAGUUUCCAUUAUAAAAGUUUCAUCUAUAAAGAUCUGAGUUCCAGAUUGGAUGCUAUCUCAACCAAUGAAACAGAAAUGUUGGCUGCCAUGAAAUAUUGUUCGGUAAUACGUCCAUAACAGUGAUCUUAACAUUUAAGCAUAUUAUUCUGUGUAUGCUUUGUUUGUUUUUGUGUCUUAACACAAUUAUUAUGAGAAGACUGUUAUCACUGAUUUUUCUGUACAGAUCAUUUUGUAGGACAAUCAAAACUUUGAUACUUGAUGCAUAUACAGUGUAUACAAUGUAAUGCCUUUUUGAAGAAAAUUCUGAGUAAAAUCAAAGAAAUCAAAGAAACGGUGUGGUUGUAGUAAAUACUGUAGAUUAAGCAUUUUGUCUAAUAACAUAAGGUUAUUCAUUCUAUAUUGGUGUGGACCAGAAUACUUGCUGGUAAAACACAAAAACAAUUGUUCUGUUAGUUGCCUCAUUAAAAUCUGAAAGGUUGAAGAACGUAUAUAAAUCCAGUAGUUACUGUAGUAACAGAAAAUUAUGAUUUUCACAACCAACCAACCCUAAAACCAACACCAACCAUUACCUUAUAUUAAAUACAACUGAGUUAAUAUUACUUAGUACUUAUUUGUGCAAUUACUGUACACUGUAACAAGGAUACCUUAAAAAAAGUUAAAGCAACAUUUUUAUUUAUUCUCUUUUGAUCUUGACUCAUUCUAACCACAGAAAGCUUUUUUUUAAUUAGUAGGUUAGUGUGUGAUGUAGUGAAUGUAGAUUAAUAGACUGUCAGCUCUAUUAUACGUGUUUGAGACCCAUGAGAACAUGCAACAAUUAUAUUACUCUAUUAUCAUGAGACCUCCUAUACAUUGCAGUGUUUGUUUAUAAUGAGAGAAAACAGCUUAAUGGAUUGAAAACUUAUUAUCUUGAUGCCUUGGCAACAUUCACACCAGCAAACAGGGUCUGAGUCAAAAAGUGAAAACAGUUUAAAUGAGCUUAGGGAUCAUAUCUCAUCCCUGAAGUUAUCAAGCGGUCAAAGAUGGC